AUGUUGCCUGCGGUCAGCAAGAUACAACAAAGGCUCAGAAAAGGGCAACGGGGAUUGACUAUAAGACUGGAUUGGGAAUUAUUCGCGGUGACGUUUGCUAGUGAUAUAUUGUGGACGAGAAUCUCGAUUCAGUCGAUUUGGGAUUACCUAAACACGCGAGAGAAUGAAGAUGACGUCAAUGCCCCGAUGAUUGCUCCUUCAUUCGAAUUAACAAGCUCAAGCAUUCGGGAAGAACACCCACUAUCACCAACACUUCCAGCGUUGCUAAAGGAUUUAAAAUCUCGGGAUACUCCCGGAGCAUUACAUUGGAAAUUAACGCAAUAG